AUGAGCGACAAUCCCCCUCCAAAGAAGAAGUCCCGCUUCUUCGCGAAUGGCAUGAGCGUGGUUGAUAACCUUCUGCGUCCACUUAAGAAACAGACUCGCAAAAACGGCGAAGGUGAUCCAGGCUCCGCUGAGGCAGAUGUCAACGGCCCUCCACGAGAUGGUAAUCCCUCAUCCGACCAAGGUUCCCCUUUACUGUCCAACAUUCGACCUGCUGCUCCCACGAUCUUACCAGCACAAACGACAAUAGCAAAUGAGACUUCAGCGACUGGCAGUGCUCCUGGCCCACCAAGCGCGUUGCCACCUCGAGAACACCACGCACGCGGACAGAGCCCUUCACCACAGCGACACGCCCCAGAUAGCGAAGCCGAGACCGAGGCUGAGUCAAUCGCAUCUCGUCGAGAAGAUGAAGAAGAUUGUGAUGUGAGUGAUGAAGAGAACACGAAGCCGAACCUUCACGUUCAGACACAACGACACCAGCGAAGACAAGCCAUCUACGGCGCCGAGGCUCUUCUGCCACACGGCUCAAACGCUGGUGGACAACAUAGUCUUCAGCCUUCAAGCUCCAUCUACACUCCUCUUAGUGUCCCAGCACAAGGCCUCAAUCCAGCCGGUCCUUCUGCCCUACCACCUCCUGGCAACAGCUACACAUUUAGCGGCGUCCCUACAAACCCCAAUGCCACCACAGCUGGAGGCCAGUUUCCCUUUAACUUCAGACUGACGCAAAAUCUACGAAUUCCUUCCACAAUCCAGCAGGCGACCUACAACCCGUACCAACACCCCAUUGGUUCCGGCUUGGCACGCAUCGCUCUCCAAGCCGUCCACACUAAUACCAGACCUCUGAAUCACGCGCAACAAAGUCCGACAACAGCCAAACGUCCCAUCCAGACAAAUCUACCUAACGCACCUUAUGUCGACAUGGACCGCGAUGAACACGGCCGACGGCUUCGAGAGUACCUGCCCCGGCCCACAGCCCACCACGGCAUCGGCCACCCCUCUAAGAGCGUGGCUCCUCGCAUUCGCAGGACAGACCCCGACUCCCUUAUUCCCGAACACAUGUACACGACGCCCAAUCGCGUGGAGCGCGCCCAACAAGUCGCACGCAUCAACCUCAAGCGCAAGCGUCCUGACACAAUCCUCCCGCCAGCCAGCUACGUGUACCAGCGCACCGGGUCUCCGGACUUCAACAUCUUCCACGGCCUGCUGCUCUACCCGGAACUGUGCUUCGCGCUGGCCGCCCACCUCCCAGUCAAGGACCUGAUCUCUCUGUACGCCAUCUCCAAGGACUUCCACGUGAUUCUAGACACGCGCUUCACAACGGUGAUCCUGAGGCAGGCGGUCUCCAAAGCCCCCGACUCGGCGCGCACGUUCAUGUUCCGCAGCUACGCCCACCUCUGCCGCUCCGACCCAGCGGCCCGCAUUGCGCACCCCAACGCGCAGCUCGCUGAGCAGGGUACGCCGCGCAAGAUCCCCUCCUUCCGCUGGCUCAAGAUGGUGCUCCACCGCGAGAAGGUGAUCCACGAGCUGAUGACCGUUUUUGCCGAGGACGGGGUCCCGCUGCCCGCCCGCUGCGCGCUCGCCCUGAAGAGACUGUGGUUCAUGCUCGACAUCCCGGACAACGCGCGCCGCAUUGGCUUUGUGCACAACAAAACCCUCAUGACGGAUCUGGACCUUUACUUCUGCGCCUGCUUCAUCACGAAGCUGGACAUGCGCCUCAACGACCCGAUCAGCGGCGAGAAGCGCGACGGGAUGCGCAAGCUCUUGCUCGCGCAGCGCAGUUUCACGCGCAUCCUCGGCGUCCUGAAGCGCGAGAUUUGGACGACCCGAUUCGACGUCCUGCGCGAGUGGGUGAGGAUGAAGCACGUCGUCGUCGAGCCCGACGAGGCGGGUCUCGACAUGUUCGGCGUGCCGGCCCGCGAAAUCGGGCGCGGCAGGCUGGAAUACUGGGGCCUGAAAACCGAGGAGGACGUCGGGCGCAAACUGCACGGCCUGUUGCGGCCCGAUCAGCUGAUCGUACGCGAGGCGAUCAAGCGGGGCAUGCGCUUCGAGAAGCACUACCUUCGGUUCUUGCUGUACGGGUACGUGGGGCCGGACACGCUAGAGGACUAUGCGCCCAGAACGUACGGCCGGCGGAUCAGAGAGAUCCAGGACGAUGAGUACGGCGUGGAUGAUCUCGUGGGUGGAGUGGCUGCGCUGGGGAUGGGCGACGAGGGCUUCGAUCCGUUGCUUGACCUGGGCCAGCCGAGGCAGACGAGUCCGUACACCAUUGUCAAGGAGGCGACGAGUAGCGCGGAGGUGGCGAUCCGGGCGCGCGAGGACGAGUUUCUCGACAAGUGCAUCAGCUGGUGGGAGGAGGAGCGACGCGCGGUGCAGCUAUCGAAGAAGCAUGCAGGGUGA